CCGCAGAUUGUCGCGGCUUCCUUUUCGAGCUCGCCAAUCGCCAAUCGCCAAUUGCCCCCAAUUCGGGAGUCUUUUGCUUAAGUGGAAAAUCUGCUGGCAGAAGGUAUGAUCUAAGCCUUCUCAUUUCAAGCGCAUCGGUUGAGAGGAAGUAUGAUCUGCGCGGGGCCCCUGAAGCAAGUUGACUUCUAUCUCCGAUCCUUCCCCGCGAUUUCCAUAGAGCAGCGACCUUUGCGACUGUCUCAGCAACUCAUUCGGACGACGACAUGACAAGUACAUCCUCCACCUCCGCUUUCGACGAUAGGCGACCCAUAUCCAUGAACUUCCGGCACAGCCAAUCUGGGAGACCUGAUUCGCCCCAUACGCCCCAACAUCACCUCCGUUCCAAUAAUUCUUCCUUUGCAAGCACCUCCUCCGCAAGCACAUCAUUUCGCGGAGAAGAAGAUGCUAUCAUAUUCGAAUUUGGAGCAAGAUGGCUUCGGGCAGGGUUUGAGGGAGAAAGUACUCCAAUGUGUGUGGUUGGAUGCGGUCCGGAGGAGUCGAGAAGGGUUGGCGAUUACAGAGGGUGGUUGAGAAGCAACGAGACGGACUCAUCACGCUCGCAACCGGUCAAAGCUGAUGAAUGGGCUGGUGCAUAUGAACUCUGGAAGAUGGAUGUACGCGAUAUGGAUAUGGCACUCAUUGACGACAAGAUCGAGCGCAUGUUUCGCGAGACCUACAAUAAAUACCUGUUGACGGAUGCGGGAACAUCACGACUGGUUCUGGUUCUUCCGUCUAUCAUGCCACACCCUCUCCUAUCAUCGCUUUUGUCAACCCUGUUUAGCCGUUGGCGGUUUCCAAGCAUCACCCUUUUGACCAGUGCUCCUAUGGCCGUGGUCGCAGCUGGGCUGCGUUCAGGCUUGGUAGUGGAUAUUGGAUGGGCGGAAACCGUUGUCAGCGGUAUCUACGAAUACAGAGAGAUGGCUGUCAAGCGCAGCACGAGGGCUAUGAAGUCCCUACUGCAGGAAACUGGACGGUUCCUGACACGACUCUCCGAUGAUAGCGGGGCCGCGCAAUCGGCGGACGAAAUUUCCGUUCAUUAUGAGCUCUGCGAAGAAAUUGCUAGUCGGUUCCUGUGGUGUAAGCCUAAGGCGGCUUCUCAAGGCUCCGCGGCGACACCGCAGCAACAGCCUGCCGAGGCACGAGAGGAGGAUGCUGGAGUGGCUGACCAACACCCUAUUUCACACUCAGAUGCAACGGUGUCGCUUCCCUCCCCGUCAGGUUCAGGAUCAACCUACAUCGACCUUCCUUUCUCCAAGCUCGCGGAACCGGUGGAAAAGGUUCUCUUUGCGGAGGGCUUAGCCGAUUGCGAGUUGGACGACGAGGAAAAACCGUUGCCGUUGUUGGUGUAUCAUGCCCUGCUUAGCCUGCCUCCCGAUGUCCGCGGCACGUGCAUGUCGCGUAUUGUUUUCAUUGGUGGAGGCUCCAAUAUCCCUGGUGUCCGACAGCGCAUCCUCCAGGACGUGGCGUUCCUGGUGGAAAAGUAUGGCUGGUCACCUGUCCGCGGCAAGGUUAUCGAGCAGCAACGCCAAAAGCUUGAGAGCCUAAGACUCUCUCAACCAACCAAGCCGACUGUCACAAAGCAGGAGGGUGAAAACGAUACCCCCGAUACUGCUGCUGAGCGAUCAAUCCCAGAUGCACAAGCAGAAGAAGAGAUCGACCCCAUCGAGCAAAAGAUCCGCCGUAAUAAUAAAGACAAGGACGCCCACCCGCCCGUCCAAGGUGUCCUGCGGGAGGUCGAAUCCCUUGGACCCUGGGCAGGAGCCAGCCUUCUCACGAGUCUCAAGAUCCGGGGCUUAGUCGAGAUUGAGCGGGAAAAAUACCUCCAACAUGGCCUCGCAGGAGCUAGUCGGGAUCUGGAGCAUGGGCAUGCUCCUGAUAGGCGCUCGGGGUUACGCACGGGAGGCGACCGGUCUAGUUGGACUUUGGCUGGCUGGGGUUGA